AUGGCGCCCCCAGUGUCAACGAACUGGUCGGCUAUAUUCGAUAGCGAGAAUAAUCGUAGGACCUCGCGAGGGGACAGACCUCUAUCCGAUCAGGAAUUCCAAGCUCACAUCCACCAACAAACGCAUUCAUCGGCCCAAGCGCAACACCCUGACACUGUGCAGUCUAACGCAACGCUCACUCAAGCAGCUUACGGGCAUUAUCAUUCAACCAACCAAUUCCUGGCCCAAAUGCCUCAUAAUCAAACGUACCAUCCGCGAUCUGCCUCUUCUGGUGUAACUCACCCCCAAUCGUCUGGUCAGACCAUGCAACGCUCGGACCCGCCAUAUGGAGACUCAAUUCGCUCGACUCUCCGUGAAUUUCUCCUGGGAUUUGAGCGGAACAACGCCAGCGAAAUCCGGAAGCUUACAGACCUUAUGGAUGGAAAGCUUACGGCGUUGGACGAGAAGGUCGACUCGAUGAAAGUGGUACAGUUAGAUGGCCUCAAGGCGGUUCUGGGGAAGUUGGAUAGACUGGAAAAGGUUGUGGGCGUCAAGGAGGCUAGGAAGGCUAAUAGCAGGGCUCCGACGGUGGGGGUUGAUGGUGGUAGAGACAAAGGUGGUGGUGGCGAAGUCGAAGGUAGCGCGAAGGCUUGCAAGGAGACAACGUCGGUUUGGGCUAGACUGGACGGUAUCGAGUGUGAUGUACUGGAGCUCCUGGAACGAUUGCGAGAUCCACAGGCUGGCAUGCCAUCCUCCCCUCCCCGACCUACUGUCAUACACCAAGAUAUGGCUACCAGUCCUGUGCCGGAACCUGAAACUGAACAAGAGCUGCCGCCACUGAAAGUCUAUACUGAAACCGGUAUCGAUGCUCAAUCUCCGCCUCCUACUAUGCCCAAGCCUGUAGCUCGAACUCAAACAGCGGCCGAAAUUGACCCUAUGUUUCGACCUUUCCGCUUCCAGUAUCAAGGUCCCAAUGCAGCAGUCGUUCACGGACCACGAACGCCCGCUCAGAGACCUCACGUUGGCUACGAUGUGUCUACGGACUACGCACGCCCUACGCCAGGGCCCAGUUCCGCGCCCUAUGAUCGUACCAGUGAUGAUGGCUCCAGGUUCGGCUCGCAUAGUGGGUACGGUGACGACGACGCCACUUUGAAGACGAGAGGUCAGAAGAUGGUGCCUGUAGAUUGGUCGAAGACACGGAGUGAGGCGCAAAAAUAUAGGGGUGCUCAUGACUCCCUAAGUGCACGACGUGACUCAGGCCAAGAUGUGUACGAUGGCUAUGCUACCUCAUCGCGUGCAAGCACGACGCCUUUUCGAGAACUGUCUCCGUACCCGCACGAUACCAUCGACCCUUCGCUAAUAAGUGCACCAUCAGUUCCUUCUGCCCCAGAAGUUCACAAACCAGAUGAACCUUUACCUUCACCAUCACCGACUCCCUCUCGCACUCCUUCCAUUUCCCCCCCUCCAAGCCGCUUUGCCCCUACAGGCGUCGUGCGCGGAGACGUGACCCCGCAACCACGGGCACCUCCUGAAGUUGUGCCGUCGUCGGUUUCGCCUCAAGUGCAAUGCUUUCCGGAACGAUGCUCGCCAGUCGCACAAACAGAGAUUCCAGAGCUGAGGGUCAAUUCAAUCCUGCCCACCAGCGCCCUCUCGUCUCGCGAGUCCUCGGCGGUCCGUGACAUACUCAAUGUUUCCAUUUCACCUGUGUCCUUGAAACAAGAAGCGAUUCUUCCUCCUUCCAACCACAUCAGCUCCGUGAACUCGGAUUCAGAAAUGCUUCGGCAAUCCACGGAGCCUACGCCUUCCUCUCCUCGACUACCUGCGCAACUACACAUUUCCCAGGAUACUCAGGAGUCUACGCUCCCAGGUCCUCCAUCCAGAUCACGGACUAAGACCCCAGCAACGCAAGCCCAAGUUUCACCGAGUACUUCCGCGGUUACACGCGUAUCCUUGAAUACACGCCACCGUUCCAGAACCGCUGGUACACCGGAGACCACGGUCAGCACAGAACUGACCAGGGUUUCUGUGCCACCAUUCUCAUCCAUGCCACUGUCGAAAACGUCUCCAAAAGUCUCUGUUCAGCCGUUCUCGAGAUUUAAUGGUGACGGUCGGGAAGUGGUCCAACUUACUGAUUAUACUCGUGCGGCUAGUGCGAGUACGGGCAUGAUGGACGACCAGGACGACGAUGAUCAUACACACGCUCCUGUCUCAGUCGGCCUGGGAGAGGCGUCAAAGUGGGAAAAUGCGAGUGAAAGUGGGUUCGGGGCCGGAGCCAACUCUGGAUCCGCGGUUGGGACUGGGUGUGGGCCAGCUGAGUUCGAGAGGGAGUCGAUGUCACCGUUGACAGACCUGAGCGAGGAGGAGAUGGAACCCGCCAGAAAGCUACGAGAGAGGCGCGUUGCAUCCAGUUCUGGUGCCGCCGCGAAGACAUUGAAGGGGAAGAAGAGGAAGUUCGCGGAAUUCGACGCGGACCAGAAUAGGUCUGUUUCGGCACUUGGUUCUGGAUCGGCGAAGGACCGGACCAAGUCUCAGAAGAGUAAGAAGCAGCGAAAUCGCAGUGCUCCGCCCAUUCCCCCGCCCAGUAAGGAGAGGAUGAAGGAGCUCCUGGGGGCAGACGGAAGGCUUGAUUGGCCCGUGAGGAUGGACGGGACUGAUGCGGUGAAGAAGGAUAAACAUAUCCAGUGCGAAAGAUGCAAUUUGUGGUACCAUACUGUCUGUGUGGGCCUCUCGGCAAGUACCCAGAUUGACUGGGAUAAAUUUCACUUCGUCUGUCCCCUAUGUAAAGCCUUCCCCUCGGAAGCUACCGAACGUCAAAGUAUUCCGGAAAGAAAAGACAUGUGCUCUCGCCCAGAUUGCCCCCACCCGAAGAACGAGGGGGACUACUUCGUCGAGAAGAUUAUCGGACGACGAUGGAUCAUCGGGGAUCCAGAGCUCGACCAAGACUUUACGAAGGGAAUGUACGACCAGCACCCUCCGGAAGUGCUUGCAUCCAGCAAAGGCCGAUUCAUAUGGCUCAUCAAGUGGAUUGAUUGGGAUUACAAGCAGGCAACGUGGGAAGAGGAAGAGGAGAGCCACAAGCAGUAUAUUCCCGGAUUCGAGAAGAGCGCGAAGAAGGAGAACCUUGGGAAGCAACUAAAGAGCAAGUAUCAGCCGGUAAUCUUGAAGGAGGCUAGAAAUGUGGGAUGGAUAUGAUUCGCUACACGGCACCUACGCUCUGGCAAGUUUCUUCGGUCGCGGUGGCCGGCCGAUUUUCGAAACAGUCUCAUUGACUGUUACUUCCUAUGUUCGAUGUUUGAUGGGCCAGCUUUCAGUCCCUCUUCAUGUCGUCCAGCCUCACGAGGAUUCUACUUGCUCAGAUUAUUCAGUUUUCUUGCACUUCUUGUCGCGACACAUCACCCUACCAUUCGUUGCCGCAUAAUUUCUUGCACCUCCUUGCGCUUCCGUUCCUUAUCACUGAUGCAAUUCUCAGGCCGCUACUUCUUGGUCAUCAUUAUACCUACCACCGUUACUUAUUCAUAGCACACACACGGGAUGCUAGUCUCACAUCUUCUGCGCGUCUGUUCUAUCGUCGUCG